AUGCCUCCUGCUCCUCGAGACUUGAUAUUCAAACCUGCCAGCAGCAAUCUCUCAUACUCGGACCUGAUUGCGUACAAUCCGUCAAGUCAGGUAUCCCACCUCAAUUACGUCGAUGAAUCCGGGAAUGUCCAGACCGACUACUCCAGUCUAGUCAUCCACGUCGCCGCUGCCUCUCGUGGCGUGCGUCUGAAGCAGGCCGCGUGGGGGGUCUAUUUCGGUCCGGAUUCGCAACACAAUGGCGGUGACCGGCUCGACCCCAAUGUCACCCAGUCACACCAAGGUGCACUUGUCGAGGGACUAUCGCGGGCCUCGGAUUGGGUCGCUUGGCAUAUCAUCGGCGGCGCGCCUAAAGACCACUUUGCGCAGUUGCGGAAGAUCUAUAUCGCCACCAAUUCGGACUAUCUCAUUAAAUUCGCGACCACCCAGACUUCCACAAAAUCGCGCUACGCCGCCGAUAGAGACGUCAUCAACUCGAACCUCAACUACACUUAG